AUGGCGCUGGCAACUGUAUACAAGCAGUUCCUGGCUACACCCGAUCCUACCCAGCUUGCUGCCGAAGCUGCCCUUCACUACAUCACUACCACGACUAGUUACAGAGGUUCUGCCGACGUGCUUAAACACCUCAACACCACGGCCAAGCAGCUCAACAAGAAAAAACAGGAACUUAUCUCAGUCAUCGAAGGCCAAAAUGCUAUUGCUGCUGAGGUCGAUACCGUUCUCGAGUUUAUUACUUCUGGUGGACCUUACCUACCGGCUCUAGAUGACAACUUCUUGGCUGAUCGCACCGUUUAUCUUCCCAUGAUCCAUAUCGUCACCUUUGACAACGACCACAAAAUCCUGCAGAUCCGCCAGACAUGGGAUCAAGGUUCCCUGCUCAAACAGCUCGACGUCAUUGGCCGAACCGGUCGCAACUGGCCAAUCCGCGACAGCAAAGAACAAAUUAGGCUGAUUGAAACUUGUAUAAAGUCAUCCAGCAAUGGUAUCGCUGGCCAAGAGCCUAAUGAGUUUGCCGUUCGUUCCCGUGGCAACUCGAAUAAUGUCUUGCGCGACCCUCACGCUUCACUCGCCUUAUUCGCCCCUCGCGAUGACUCUGACCAGACCAUAGCCUCGGUCAUUUCUCCUAGGGGCGGAGCUCGGCCACGACAGCGCGAUUUCGUCGAGAUUCUCGGCGACGAACCCGUCGAGGGUCCCAACCGCGACCGAUCCGAGUCGCCGAGCAAGGCUGUCGCUCCCAAAGCUGGCGGCGACAAGAAAUUCCACCCGAGUCGCUUAUUUGAGGAUAAGGAAUACGUGGAGGAGAAUGAUGAGUCUGAAACGGGCGCAACUUCAAACCGUAUCUCCUACCGUCCUCACCCGAAAAAGUACAAUCACUUCGACUUUAGCGAUGGCACUGGUGAACCACAAGACGUUCCUCAACCCAACCAAACAACCCCAAAGAAGACGAAGCAUACCAGCCAAUGGUGCUUUGACGAUUUCGUUACCCCACAGAGACCUCAUCCAUCUAAGACUUUGCGAAAUCAGGAAGUGCGUCACUGGGGCACUGAGAAUGACGAGAACCAGGAGAGCCCCGAGCGCAAAGCGGUGCCAGUCAAAGCCCGCCGUGAUGCCGAGACCCAUUUUGAAUUCAAGGAUGACGGCACCCCCAAUGUCGAAACUCGAUUUGUGCGCCCUCGUGGCACGACUCAUAAUGAUGGUCUAGGACUAUACGAAAACAAUUUGUAUAGUGAGGAUGGAAAUGGAAAUGCGAACGAAGAUGGAGCAGAUUCUGCGGGCGAUCCUCAUGCUCUAAGCGCCAUUACGAAUCUCAAGGAUCGCGGCCGAGAUUUCGAGGCACACUGGGAAAUGAAGGAUAACUCACCGGUACAAAAGCCGCAGCCCAAGCCCACAGUUAGUGAAGACCGAAAGAAAGUGGUCAAAAUGAUGGAGUCCAACUGGACAAAUUACAACAGCUCCCCUCUUCAGAAAGAGAACAACCCGGUAGAGGUGCCUAGCCACUCUGGCGCCCAUGGCGACCGUGGAAUACACAUCGGCGGCGAUGGAAUGGGUGGUGGCCGAGGCUCCAACCGCGACUGGCUAUUCGGUGACGAAGACAACAGUCAGGCUGUCAAGCCGGCAAACCGAAGAAAGCCAGCGACUGCGACCUCGGGAGGCUUUAACUGGGAUUUCUAG